AUGGGUUUCACAAACAUGAUCAACGCGUGCUCGCACCUUCAGAAUGCCUCCCGCGCCCGCCUCGGCAUGACCUCCAUCGUAAACACCAAGCACAACCUCAACCUCGCCCUCGCCCUGCAGCGCGCAGGCUUCCUCUCCUCCCUCUACCGCGGCGGCCCCGCGCCCCCGACCCCGGAGCAAAUGUCCGAGCCUCCGGAACCCAUCACCACCGCCAACGUGGCCUCCCGCCGCCUCUGGGUCGGCCUCAAGUACUGGAACAACGAGCCCGUCCUCAAGGGUAUCAGCAUGGUCACUAAGCCGAAGCGACCCGUCAACAUCUCCUUCAAGGACCUCGAGCUCGUCGUCAGAGGGUUCCAGAGCAAGGACGGCCUGAUCAAGGGCAUGACGUUGGGCGAGUGCAUGUUCAUCUCCACCGACAGGGGCGUUUUGGAGGCGAGGGAGGCUUUGGCUAGGAAAGUGGGAGGAAUGGUCCUGUGUCGUGCAAGGUAA